UCCUCUUUAUUCCACGCGGCGAAUUACCACUUGGUGAGAUUUGAAGCGGCGUCCUCAUAUGUUAUCGACUCGGGUAACGAAUAGAAAGAGAAAAGUAAGGUGACUCCCACAAUAAAACGAGAAACUCUACUAUCUCACAAUCCGAAUGAGUAUGCUGUGUGCUUGAGGGUUUCAUAACCCAACUCAUGCAGUUUGUGUUUCAUGGAAGGUGCAACGUGCUAUCUGGUUUCGUCGUGCAGAAGAAUCGUUCAUUUAUUCCCGAGUAGAUGUGUUUAAGUUUCAGGUUUUCUCAGAGAUCAUUUUCAAAAUAAUCGGAAAAGGUACAUCUGAUUUAUUUAUUUAUUUAUUUAUAAUACCAACAGACCUUUACAUAUAUGUCCUAAUGAUAUAUUAACUUAAAUCUAAAUAAUAACUCUUUGCGGUCGUAUUAAAUUUGGGCAUGGGUGUCGUACUGGUCGGAAUUAUUUUUCCUUAAAGAAAGAGUGAUACGUGCAAGAUUAUGAAAAAUGAACAUUUUUUAAAUUUCAGAAAAAGCUUAAACUGAUACUUGGUUGAGUAAAAUAUAAGAUUAGCAUAGUUUCAUGCUGUGGUGGCUGAGAGCAGACAAACGACCAGAACGGUAAAAAAGGUAUGGUGGCUGAGAGCAGACAAGCGACCAUAAAGAGUUAAAGUUAUGCUUAUUGUCUAAGAACGCCGACGAAGUUUUUUUUCAAACAAGAACGUGAUAAGUGGAAGUCGAAUGAUAAAAAACAUCGGUUGAGCAUUCGACACAUACUCGCUACGGGCUCAUUAUACCCGUAAUUUGUGCGGGAGUGGUGAAAACAAAUAAAUGUGUAAUAGCGCAGGUUUUUACAGCGAAUGUUGAAGUUUAUAGUUUGUAGAAGUUCGGAACACUCGAUGUUUGUUAGAAUUAGAUCCGAUAAAAAAGUCGCCUUAGCUACAUCUCUGCGUACGCUUAGCAAAUCCAGCCCAAUUAAUUUGCAGCGAUUAUCGUAGUUAGGCAGACUCGAGGGAUCAUUCCAGUGUAAAUUACGCAAAGCAAAACGGGCAAAUUUACGUUGAAUCCUUUCGAUUUUUUUUCGAUUUGGUCUGUUUAUUGUUCUAUUUUAUAUUCAUAAACCACACCAAAUGGUAGCACAAUUAGCGUCAACAAACAAUAAUUUUGGUCCCAACAUUUUUUAAUACAUCUUCGAACAUACUCUAAACUCUAGGUUCGAAUAGUUGACUAAAUCUCAAAAGACAUAAAGAAUCGUCAAAAACCCUCCAGGUCGGGAUCCUUUCUCAAGUACUAUAUGUCCUUUACAAUUUAGAAGGUGGGUUCAGAACCACCGACCCCUAUAUAUUAUGAAUGCUUAAUGAUCUACGGGUAUUGCUAUUAAUCAGAAGGGGUAGGUAUCCAACUGGAAACUGGUAACGUUUUAAUGACAUUCAUUGUAGUUGUAGGCAUAGUAGGCCUUUAUUGUUCACUGCAAUGGAAUUCCGCUAAGCAAAAUGUCAUCAAUUUUCGAUAACUUUACCAGUUACAACCGAGAGUCGCGGCACAUCAGCUACGUUUCCAAAGAACCCCCAGGUGAAUGCACUCAGGUUCAUGAACUAGCACUGCCCGAGAGAUGCAAUUUCAUCAAAGGCACAGAAUCCUGCAGAAGUGAAGUGUAUUACUUCGAUUACUCUUACUUUUUAUACUGCACAAUAGGUAGCGAAAAUGAGGAGGCUUUCACCCUGGGGAUUCUACUGCUUGUGAUUGUUUUGCUGUUCUACUUCAUAGUGCUCGGAACAACGGUGGAUAAGUUUUUCUGUCCAGUACUGGCCGUGAUUGCCAAAACGUUCCGCAUAAGUGAAAGCGUUGCGGGGGUCACCAUCCUGGCUUUCGGAAAUGGUUCGCCGGAUCUGUUCACGGCGGUUAGCCGGAUAGAUAGCGACACGGAGCUCAUGUUUGGUGAACUGCUAGGAGGAGGUGCGUUUGUGGUCGGUGUAAUUGCGGCCUGUAUUAUACUGUUGAACCCGUUCGAGAUCCCGGAAUUUGGAGUCACGAGAGAUGUGUUGUUUUUCAUUUAUUCCGUCGCGUGGAUCAGUGCUUGUGCUUACGACCAACACUUUAAGCUGUCCGAUGCGAUCGUGGUGAUUGUCAUAUACGUAUGCUAUCUGGUCGUUGUGUUGGGGGAAUUCUUCUGGCUGAAGAGACAGAUGCUGGCCGUGGAAUCGAGAAUUUCCAUUGCAGGAGAGAUUCCAAGCGAGGUUGCACUCUACAGAGAACUUCGCGACGAAACUGAAGUAAUAAUUCGUUCCCGGUCGCAACCCGGUUCAGAGCUGGAUAUUACCACCAACAGAGUGAGUGAAUUUUUCGAGGAUGGUUUUGGUAUUCGGUUUGUUCCCAAAAAUCAUCGUCUCUUCCGGGACUUUUUGGAGCACAUAAAUCCACUGGAUCGGGAUGAUUGGAAGAAGUCAGGCUGUCUGGCCAGGACGUUUGCGAUUAUGAGGGCACCCAUACUGUUUUUCCUGCUAUUGAUAAUUCCUGUAAUGGAUUAUACCGUUGAACGACACGGCUGGACGAAAUUACUAAACAUGAUACACUGGUUCACCCUACCAUUGAUGAUUUUAACGGUGAACGGAUUUCUUCCUCUGCCCCUGCUGAGCCUUCCAAUUUGGGCGUUGUUAUUAAUAAUUUCCCCAACGCUUAUGUUUUUGGUUUUUCUCACAUCGAGAACCGAUCGACCUCCUGGCUAUCAUCUAGUCUACGCUCUGAUGGUCUUUGUGGGAUCAAUCCAAAUGAUCUACGUGCUUGCCCAGGAGAUAGUCAGCCUGUUGGUCACAUUGGGUCUUGUGGUGAAGAUGUCCAAAUCAAUGCUCGGUCUUUCGGUGCUUGCUUGGGGUAAUAGCAUAGGAGAUUUGUUCUCUAACAUCACCCUGGCCAAGCAGGGCUAUGGACAGAUGGCCUUCGCAGCUUGUUUCGGUGGACCUUUGUUUAAUCUUUGUUUGGGACUUGGAAUCACCAUGAUUUUGAAGGCAGCCAAAAGAAUGGAUCAUAUAGCUUUCUCUCGCGAAGGUGCUAUGGGCGAGAAUUGUGAAUAUUUUCUCGUUCAAUUGCUGGGAGCGAUUCUUCUGGCGUUGUUGUAUACCCAGUAUCAGGGGCGCCAAAGUGUUGCCUUCAUCAUGAUGAUGACUUACUGCGUGUUCUUGCUGUUUUGUCUGCUAGGAGAGAUGAAAGUGGUCCAUCCCUACGGAACGGAUCAUUUCAACGAGGGAGAAAAUCCAUAAAAACAAUUGUAUGCGUUGUACAGUUUAAUAUUAGAUUUUUAAAAAUGUUACAAUUACAAUGCGCCUUUAGUUAGUUCUGCGGAUUCGCGUAUGCGUUAUUGCAUUACAUCCGGAAUCGGGAUUCAAAUCAGCUGUGCGUUACCCAUGGCGAGGGGACUGCUGG